AUGUGGAUUGUUAACUGGUUCUACGAUGUUUUGUCGUCUUUGGGCUUGCUCAACAAACACGCCAAGCUGCUCUUCCUGGGUCUCGACAAUGCCGGAAAGACCACGUUGCUUCACAUGCUCAAGAACGACCGAGUUGCUAUCCUGCAACCUACUCUCCACCCUACUUCUGAGGAACUCGCCAUUGGCAACGUUCGAUUCAACACUUUCGAUUUGGGCGGUCACCAGCAAGCCCGUCGUAUCUGGAGAGAUUACUUCCCCGACGUCAACGGCGUCGUCUUCCUUGUCGACGCCAAGGACCACGAGCGAUUCCCCGAGGCUAAGGCCGAGCUCGACGCCCUUUUGGCUAUGGAGGAGCUUUCCAAGGUUCCCUUUGUGAUCCUGGGCAACAAGAUCGACCACCCCGACGCCGUUUCCGAGGACGAGCUGAGACACCAACUGGGCCUGUACCAGACGACCGGAAAGGGCCGGAUGCAGCUGGAGGGUAUCCGACCUAUCGAGCUCUUCAUGUGCUCCGUGGUUAUGCGACAGGGUUACGGCGAUGGUAUCAGGUGGCUGUCCCAAUACGUUUAA